AUGGGUUCCGUCGUCAUUCCCCAUCUCGUCACCGGCUGGCACGUCGACCAGGCAAUCAUGUCCGAAGAAGACCGCCUGGUAGUCAUUCGCUUCGGCCGCGACUGGGACCCCGACUGCAUGCGUCAAGACGAAGUCCUCUACAAGAUCGCCGACCGCGUCAAGAACUUCGCUGUCAUCUACGUCUGCGACCUCGACCAAGUCCCCGACUUCAAGCAGAUGUACGAGCUCUACGACACCGUUACCCUCAUGUUCUUCUUCCGCAACAAACACAUGAUGUGCGACUUCGGCACGGGAAACAACAACAAGCUGAACUGGGUGCUUGAGGACAAGCAAGAGCUGAUCGAUAUCAUCGAGACGAUCUACAAGGGUGCCAAGAAGGGACGUGGUUUGGUGGUCAGCCCCAAGGACUACUCGACCAGAUACAGAUACUGA